CCCUCUCGUCUUCCUCCGCGUCCUCUGUCCCCGCCGUUCCCCCGCCGCUCCCCCGCCGCGGCCGCUUGUUGCACCGCCCGCGGCCUGCGGGAGCCGCUCUCCGCGGCCCGGCCCCGGCUUCGCGCGAAGCGGCCGCAACCCCUGCCUCUCGCCCCCGGUUCCCGCAGCAAGCCCGGGCCCGGCCCGGCCCGCGAGACCCCGGCCCGACCCCGCAGCCCGCACAAAAUGUCGGCCCGGACGCCAUUGCAGACGGUGAACGAGCGGGACACGGAGAACCAUACAUCUGUGGAUGGAUAUACUGAACCCCAUAUCCAGCCAACCAAAUCAAGUAGCAGACAGAACAUCCCUCGGUGUAGAAACUCCAUUACGUCAGCAACAGACGAACAGCCUCACAUUGGAAAUUACCGUUUACAAAAGGCAAUAGGGAAGGGAAAUUUUGCCAAAGUGAAGAUGGCAAGGCAUGUUCUAACCGGUAGAGAGGUUGCUGUGAAAAUAAUAGACAAAACUCAGCUAAAUCCUACCAGUCUACAAAAGUUGUUUCGAGAAGUACGAAUAAUGAAGAUAUUGAAUCACCCUAACAUACUAAAAUUGUUUGAAGUUAUUGAAACAGAGAAGACUCUCUAUUUAGUCAUGGAAUACGCGAGUGGGGGUGAAGUAUUUGAUUACUUAGUUGCCCAUGGAAGAAUGAAAGAAAAAGAGGCCCGUGCAAAAUUUAGGCAGAUUGUAUCUGCUGUACAUUAUUGUCAUCAAAAGUGUAUUGUUCACCGUGAUCUUAAUAAUGAAUUUACAGUCGGGAACAAGUUGGACACAUUUUGUGGAAGCCCACCUUAUGCCGCUCCUGAGCUGUUCCAAGGGAAGAAGUACAACGGGCCUGAAGUGGAUGUGUGGAGCCUCGGCGUCAUUCUCUACAUGUUAGUCAGUGGCUCCUUGCCUUUUGACGGCCAGAAUUUAAAGGAACUGCGGGAGCGGGUCUUACGAGGGAAGUACCGUAUUCCCUUCUAUAUGUCCACAGACUGUGAAAACCUUUUGAAGAAAUUAUUAGUGCUGAAUCCAAUUAAGAGAGGCAGCUUAGAACAAAUAAUGAAAGAUCGGUGGAUGAAUGUUGGUCAUGAAGAAGAAGAACUAAAGCCAUAUGCUGAGCCUGAACCAGAUUUCAACGACACAAAAAGAAUAGAUAUCAUGAUCACCAUGGGUUUUGUACGAGAUGAGAUAAAUGAUGCCUUAAUAAAUCAGAAAUAUGAUGAAGUCAUGGCUACUUAUACUCUUCUAGGUGGAAAACCACCUGAAUUUGAAGGGGGUGAAUCGUUAUCCAGUGGAAACUUGUGUCAGAGGUCCCGGCCCAGCAGUGACUUAAACAACAGCACCCUGCAGUCCCCUGCUCACCUGAAGGUCCAGCGGAGCAUCUCGGCAAACCAGAAGCAACGACGCUUUAGUGAUCAUGCUGGUCCAUCCAUUCAUCCUGCUGUAUCAUAUACCAAAAGGCCUCAGGCUAACAGAGUGAAAAGUGAACAGAAAGAGGAUUGGGACAAAGAUGUGGCUCGUAAACUUGGCAGCACAACAUUUGGAUCAAAAAGUGAAAUGACUGCAAGCCUUCUUGUAGGGCCAGAAAGAAAAAAGUCUUCAACUAUUCCAAGUAACAAUGUGUAUCCUGGAGGUAGCAUGGCAAGAAGGAAUACGUAUGUCUGUGAAAGAACCACAGAUCGAUACACAGCGUUGCAAAACGGAAAAGACAGCAGCCUUACAGAGAUGUCCGCGAGCAGCAUGUCCUCUGCAGGCUCCGCCGUGGCCUCCGAUGUGCCCUCAGCACGACCCCGCCACCAGAAGUCCAUGUCCGCUUCCUGCCAUCCUAUUAAAGUCACACUGCCAACCAUUAAAGACAGCUCUGAAGCUUACAGGCCCGGCACAACCCAGCACGUGCCCGCUGUGUCGCCAUCUGCUCACAGUAUUAGCGCCUCGACGCCCGACCGCACCUGCUUCCCCUGCGGCAGCUCCAGCCGCAGCACCUUCCACGGGGAGCAGCUGCGCGAGCGCCGCAGCGUCGCCUACAACGGGCCGGCCGCCUCCCUGUCCCACGAGACGGGGGCCUUCGCGCACACCAGGAGGGGCAAGUCCACUGGUAUAAUAAGCAAAAUAACGUCCAAAUUCGUCCGCAGGGAUCCAAGUGAAGGCGAAGCCAGUGCAGAGCCGACACCUCAAGAAGUUCAACAGGGGAACCAAAAGAAAGAAAAGGAGGAGGGUAAAGAUUCCAAGCCACGUUCUCUGCAGUCCACGUGGAGCAUGAAGACCACUAGUUCAAUGGACCCCAAUGACAUGAUGAGAGAAAUCCGCAAAGUGUUAGAUGCAAAUAACUGUGAUUAUGAACAGAAAGAGAAGUUUUUGCUUUUCUGCAUCCAUGGUGAUGCCAGGCAGGAUAGCCUCGUGCAGCGGGAGAUGGAAGUCUGCAAGUUACCAUGACUGUCGCUCAACGGGGUCCUCUUCAAGCGAAUAUCCGGGACGUCUAUUGCCUUUAAAAACAUUGCAUCUAAAAUAGCAAAUGAGCUUAAGCUGUAAAGACACUCGAAUUUACAGGAUCAGGGAACAUACACCCCUAUAUGAGGUACAGUUUUUGAAUGUACUGGUGAUGCCUAAUGUGAUUGGCCUGUGAAUCUCCCCAUGUAGAAUUUGCCCUUAUUGCAAUAAGGUUAUACAUAGUUAUGAACUAUAAAAUUAAAGUCAGUAUAAACUAUAAUAAAUAUCUGUAGCUAAAAAAGUAGGUUCACAUGUACAGGUAAGUAUAUUGUGUAUUUCUGUUCAUCUUCUGUUUAUAGAGUUGUAUAAUGAAACAGAUGAUUGCUUAAAAAAAAAAAAAAAAAAACAGGCAAAAGACCUAAGCAGACACUUCCCAGGAGACAAUGUAUAGAUGGCAAAUCAGCAUAUGGAAAGAUGCUCCACAUCAUAUCUCAUUAGGGAAAUGCAAAUUCAAACAACAGUGACAUACCAUUGCACACCUAGUUGACUGGAGCUGGAGGAUGCACUUCUAAUUUGGGUCACUCAUAUGGCUGAUGGUAGGAGGCCUCAGUUCCUCAUUAUUUGUAACUGAGUUUGCCUGAGUAUCCUCCAGGAUGCUGACAUCACCAAAUGCAGGUGAGGUUCAUGUGAAGCAACAGGGACUCCCAUUGGCUGCUGGUGUCAAUGCAAAAUGGUACAGUCAACUGUGGAAGACAGUUGGCAGUUUAAGAAAUGAAACAUACUCAUUGUAUAGUGCAGUAAUCAUGCUCUUUUAUGUUGGUUAAAAUGAGUUGAAAACAUAUGUGCAUUCUAAAACUUGCACAUAAAGUUAUAGCAGUUUCAUUUAUACUUGCUAAGUAUGGAGGCAAUCUUGAUAUCAUUCAGUAGGUGAAUGGACAAAUAAACUGUGGCAUAUCCAAACAAUGAAUUAUUAUUUACUGCUAAAAUGUAGCCAUGAAAAACAUGGAAGAAGCUUAAAUGUAUAUUAGUAAGUGAAAGAAGCCAAUCUGAAAUGGUUAUGUAACAUAUGAGGCCCAUUGUAUGAUAUUCUGGAAAAGACAAAACCGUGGAGACAGUAAAAAGAUCAGUGGUUGUCAGGGGUUAAUGGGGAGGGACAGGUGAAUCCACAGAGCCCAGAGGAUUCUUAAGGCAGUGAAAUUAUCCUGUGGGAUACUAUGCUGGUGGAUACAUGUUAUUAUACAUUUGUCAAAACCCACAGAGAGUAAAACAGGAAGAGUGAACCCUAAUGUAGACUGAGUUUUGAGUGACAGUGUGUCAAUGUAGGCUCAUCGAUCAUAAUAAAUGAAUUGCUCUGGUGCCAGAUGUUGAUAGCUGGGGAGGCUGUAUGGGUGUGGAGACUGGCAUAUAUGAGAACUCUGUACUUUAGGCUCAAUUUUUCUGUGAAUCUAUAACUGCUCUAAAAAUUUGACUGAAAAUCCAUACACACAUUGAGUGUGUUUAAAAUGAAAAUUACCCUUAACUUAGCAUUUCAAAUAAUAAUGCUGCUGCUGCUGCUGCUAAGUCACUUUAGUCAUGUCCGACUCUGUGCGAC